AUGCAAAAUAAUCAGGACAUUCUAAUGGAAGUCAACAAUAAUGUGAAAGCAAAUAUUAACAUUCCUUCACCAGAAAAGAAAACCAUAGUUAGCGAAAAAGUUACGACACGAAAAUUGAACACUAUUGAAAAAAGACUUAAGAAAAAACGAAUGAUGGUUUAUAAACCGAAAAAUUAUGAAAUGGAAAGCAUUACAUCCUUUUUUCAACCCUUGACCAAUGAAUAUACUCCUGGAGAUUCUAAUAACGUAAAUGAGUCAAAUCAAGUUAUUGCUACUGAUAUACUGCAAAAUAACGCCAGCAAUAAAUAUAAAGAUCUCAAUAAUGUAGAUAAAUUAAAUCAAAUCAAUAUUAACAAAGAUCCAAUUACCAUUGAUAUAAAGCCGGAUGAAUCUUCAACUUCCUAUUCGCAUAAAGAACUUUCCAAAAUAGAAAAUCCUACAAAUGGUUUGCAAAAUUCACAUCAUAUAUCUGUAUGUCACGAUACUAGUCAGGAUGAUAGAAAUACUAGUCAGGAUGAUAGAAAUACUAGUCAGGAUGAUAGAAAUACUAGUCAGGAUGUCAGAAAUACCAGUCAGGAUGAUAAUAAUACCAGUCAGGAUGGUAAAGAUAGAAAUAUAAACUAUGAAAAUUUAUCAUUAAAUGUAGAAUCAUCAAAGAGUCGACUAUCCAAAUUAACAUCAAGUUUACGUGGAAAAGAAAAAGGUUCAAACUCUUGUAUUUGCACCUUAUGUGGUAAAGAUCUGACUAAAUUUGGUAUAAUGACUCGUGAGGCACAUUUGAAUAGAUGUCUCGAGAAGAAGAAGUUUUCCAGUAGAAUUAAAGAUGUUAAAGGCAAGAUAAAUCAUGUGAAGAAAUGUGGUAAUAAGCAAGGAUAUACUGUGACAAAGAUCCUUUCUUUGUUACAAGAAUUAGCACAAGAUGUUGAAACGCGAAAAGGCACUCAAUUGACUAAUUAUUUUUCUUCAAAGCAAAAAGAAGAGCGAACCGCUACUGUGUCGCGGACUUAUCAGAUUUCAUCCAUCGAAGGAUUAGAUCAAGAUUCAGAUUUCAAAAGUAAUGUAGUGAUCGCAGCUGUUUCAACUGUUGAAGAGAAAAGGAAAAAAAGGAAAGUAGAAGAUUCUGAUGAUGAUUUUCGGUUGGCAAAAGUUUUGUCAUUAUCUGAGGCUCGAGAACGGAAUAGAGAAAGGUGGAAGAAUAAGAACAAGAAAAGAAAGGUAGUAUAUACUCUUGAAACUACCCCCAUUAUUCCACCUUCCGAAAGUAUAGCAAAAGCAAGAAGACGAGCCCAACACAUGUUUUUCAAAAAAAGAACAAUGAAAGACAUUGUGAAGCAUUGUCCACCUACCCCCACUUUUGGUCCAAGCAGACUUGCAAAACGUUUCGAAUGUCCACCAAUUAAUUUAAAUAAAGACGAGAAUGAAAUCAUUACCAAAACCCAGAGAAAAUCUCUCUGGAAAAUGCAAGCACUUGGUGGUCCAGAAAGUACAUUGACUGAUGAUGAUUAUAUAACUGAUAUGUUAAGAAAUGCGGAAUCUUCAUAUGUGCCCUCACCGAAUGGACAUCGAUUUAGUUCUUAUACUUUGAGACCUUUCAGGCGACGAUUCGAAAUUUGCAGUCGAUGUAUUAAUAAAUAUUGGGGUAGAAUGCCAUCCGAAAAUGAACCAGCACGAGAUGAAAAUGUCGAAAGAAAUUAUUAUUAUUAUCAGUAG